AUGCUUCAGGGGAUUUCUAAUGUGAGACUGGUGCUGAUGCCCUGUGAUGUGCCCUCAUGUGUGGCGCUUAAGUGGGGCGCGCUAGCGGCCGAGAUGCGCUACACGUACAACCCACACGUGAUCAUCGGGCCUGGAUGCAGCCCCUCCGUGUCGACCGUGUCCCGCAUGGCGGUUUCAUGGAACCUGCCCCACAUCACGUACGCUGGGUCAGACGAGGAGCUUGGAAACAAGAAGAAGUUCGCCUUGCUUACCCGGAUGUCAUUCACCAUGAAUAGCUUCGCCCGCUUUUACAUCGAGGUGUUCAAGUAUUUCGGAUGGUCAGACAUAGCCAAUAUCUUUGACGCAAACGAUUACCGAAGCAAUCUUGUUGGGACAAGUUUUCAGCGCACAUUCGAAAUCGAAGCACCCCACAUUAAAUCGCACCCAGUCCUUUUUAAUGCAAAAGCUGCAGACCUGCGCGUAGAGAUACUCCGAGUGAUCAGUCAAGCUGGUUUUGUGUCAAGAGUAUUCAUAUUUGCCGGUAACGCGGACCACUUCCGCCAGAUGGCGAUACUGGCAAAGGAAAAAUCGUCGCUUACGUUCGGAGAAUACGUGCUGAUAUUCUUCUUCACGUAUUGGGGCGACCCGAAUGCAGGCAACUAUAAUUGGGAAAGAGGAGACGAUUUGGACCAGGCGGCCCGGAAGGCUUACGAGGCGGUGAUGGUAGUGAGGACACGCCGGUCGGAAGACCUUCAGUUUGCGUGGUUCGAGGCGGAAGUAAAGAGGCGCGCGAUGACCGAGUACAACUACAUGUGGAAAAAAGACCACGAGGUGUCCACAAUGAACAUAGGCCUAUACGAUUCCUUCACAUUGUAUGCGCUUGCACUUAAUGAGACUAUGGCGGCAGGCGAGAAUCCUCGUGACGGGAAAACAGUUGUUAAACGGAUGUGGAACAGAACUCUUAACUUAUAUAUGUUUAUAUUUAAUAAUAUAUGA